AUGCUCAUUAUCUGUCUAUCUAUCUAUCUCAUUCUGCUCAUAUCUAUCUAUCUAUCUAUCUAUCUAUCUAUCUCAUUCUGCUCAUAUCUAUCUAUCUAUCUAUCUAUCUAUCUAUCUAUCUAUCUAUCUAUCUAUCAUUCUUCUGCUCAUAUCUAUCUAUCUAUCUAUCUAUCUAUCUCAUUCUGCUCAUAUCUAUCUAUCUAUCUAUCUAUCUAUCUAUCUAUCUAUCUAUCUAUCUAUCUGGCUUACGUGUGUCUGUCUGUCUGUCUGUCUGUCUGUCUAUCUAUCUAUCUAUCUAUCUAUCUAUCUAUUCUCGUCUGUAUUCAUCUAUGCCUAUUUUUUUUUUCAUAUUUAUAUACAAUUAAAUCAGUAAUCUAUCUAUCUAUUUCAUAUUUUCCAUUCGCGUUUAUAUAUUUUUAUACUUUUGCUAAACAUCCUUGUUCGCUCUCUCAAAGAUCUUUCAUUAUUUUCCGCUUAAAAAACACAACAAAUUUAAAUUUAUUCCUCGGGGUUCUAUGUUGGGAUUUACCACUCCUAUUUUGUUUCAUUUCUAAUAAAAAUUACCCGUUUACUCUUUCCGUCCUAUCUAUCUAUCUAUCUAUCUAUCUAUCUAUCUAUCUAUCUAUCUAUAAAUAUCUGUUGUUCAGUCUUACUGUCCUGAUCUAUCUAUCUAUCUAUCUAUCUAUCUAUCUAUCUAUCUAUCUAUCUAUCUAUCUAUCUAUCUCAACCCACCCCUUUUUCCAAUCAUAA